CAUAUCCGCUAUAGGUAUAUCGUAUGCGAUAAAGGGUUAAAUAAAAUAAGAAGGAAAGACGAUAGCGAUAACUCAAAAACGGCUUAACUGAUCACGUUAUUUUUUAUAUUUUCUGGAUUUUUUUAGACCCAUAGUUCAUAAGUUUCAUAACAUAAAUUAGGAGAGAAAAUACCUUUAUUUCCGAAAUAAUUCACUUUAUCAAAAAAUGUUUAUAAGACCCCUAUGAAUAAAAAUAGUCUUGACCAUAUUUCUUUAGACAGUUCUAUUUAUAUAUGUUCAGGAACAUAUUUUAUUUCAUAUAAGUUUCAUCCCGUAGGCAGAUCGGUGAAGGUCGGCCUUAUUGCCGUAUCCCUUAAUAAAUAGAUGAACUCUGGUUUAGAGUGUUGUCCUCUUACUAAUUAUUUCCCGGUUAUUUCUAGAUCGAACAGAAGGCAGAUGAAAUAAUGGAUACGAUAGUGAAUGAUUGUAAAGGCACAUCAAUCAAGGGUUGUGUCUCUCAGUGUGAAAUGCAGGAAUAUGGUGUAAUAGAUACGAACGGACGGUACGUGGAUAAUGAAACAGCAAAAUAUUAUUUCGGGAAAUGGUUCUUAAAUCAUUUAUAUUUGAAUAUAAUCGACGAAACUGAAGCCAACAACGUCGUUAAAAAAUGCAUGAGUGUGAACGAGCACAUUACCGAGGACUGCCAUCGAGCUGAACAAGUGAACAAGUGCUUAGAUUUUGAAUCCAAGAUGUAUCGCGACCAGUGGGAAGUGUAGGCUAGGGUACACGAGCGGCCAGCCAUAUGUAAUGUGCAUUGACAUCUUAGGAAUAUUAAGAUAUAUGUCGAUACACAUGUUCUAAAUUUGAUAUAUGUCGACUAUAUACAACUAAUGAUGGAAAGAUAGUUGUAAAUAUGUUUGUUUCUUAUCUUAUAAUAAAAGAAUUGUACGUGUCAUAUUAGCAUUUUUAUCUACACACAUAUCAUAAACCUUCUAUUAGGCCUUCAAAAUCCGUAAAUAAUGGCCAACAUUGCGAUAAACUGAUUGUUACAGCAAAUUUCUUAUCUGUUAUAAUGUUGUAAUUGCUUCAUAACCACAUCAAAAUCGAUUUGGUAAUGACAUUCAAAUCCGGAACAUCUGAAAAAAAAAGAGAGACCACAUGUGUUAGAAUACAGACCCGUCUCUACUUGCCAAAUUUCAGGGUUCUAAGACUUCAGGAAGUAGUCUAUCUUUUCUAUGACACGGGUUUCAUAUGGCUCGGACUGUAAAAAUUAAGGUAUGUAUACAAUCUAAAGUAUAAUAGAUAGCCUAAUAAAACUUACUCUCUCUACAUAUCUAGUACCUUAAAAAUUCCAGCUCUCUAGCGUUAUUCAAACCGAAACUACGAGGGUCCGAAAAUACGACGAAACGUGCCGAGAAAUUAUAGGCACUGCACUUUGCCAAAGGUAUCGUUU